AUGUUACUGCGCAUUCUGCUGCUGUGCUUACCAAUCCAUCUAGUGACCGCUGAAGAUUCAACUACAGUAUUCGACACGGAAUCAUCAACCGACACCUACACCCUGUUGAAGAAAGUGUCUGUCGGUAUUACUAACGAUAUGUUCAUUAUUUUUCGUGUGAAGACAUGCAAACGUGUGGUUAUAGGACUUAUGACAUCAGCAGACGACAAUUUCAAGCAACCUGAAAUGAACUACGUGGUUUUAAACCAAUACCUCUCUCGCAUCGUUAUCACUAACAUCUCGAGAUCUGUUUUAGAUCUGGAGAGCGAAAUACUUAAUUGUGAAGAAUAUAAAGGAUUCAGGAUACAAUGGAACGUCACUGGAAUAUCUGUAUUUAAGCUACAGGGUGAUGGGGAUUUGGAUAUCAUAGAUAAAUGGCACAAUGACUACUUCCCGGCUUUAUCAGAUACUGGAUAUAUUGGACUACUCUCAUACAGUAAAGCUUCAUGGAAAAUACUGAAAGGUGCAGAAGUUGCAACCGACACAGAUACUACCUCCAAAACAACCACCGCAUCCACGGCGACCACGACCCCCACAACAGCCUCCAACACAGCUGCUACAACCAUAACAACAACAGCCACCGACUCCAAAACCGCCACCACCAAAGCAACCACAAGUUACGAAGCGAUCAGCACCAAAGCAGCCACAACUUCCACAGCAGCCAUUACCUCCACCAGAGAUGAUGCCCAAAACACAGCCGCUCCCAACAAAGUAACAACCACUUUGACUGCAGCCAUUACCUCCACCAGAGAUGAUGCCCAAAACACAGCCGCUCCCAACAAAGCAACAACCACUUUGACUGCAGCCAUUACCUCCACCAGAGAUGAUGCCCAAAACACAGCCGCUCCCAACAAAGCAACAACCACUUUGACUGCAGCCAUCACUUCCACCAGAGAUGAUGCCCAAAACACAGCCGCUCCCAACAAAGCAACAACCACUUUGACUGCAGCCAUUACCUCCACCAGAGAUGAUGCCCAAAACACAGCCGCUCCCAACAAAGCAGCAACCACUUUGACUGCAGCCAUUACUUCCACCAGAGAUGAUGCCCAAAACACAGCCGCUCCCAACAAAGCAGCAACCACUUUGACUGCAGCCAUCACCUCCACCAGAGAUGCUGCCCGAAGCACGGCCUCUUCUAUCAAAGCAGCAACCACUUCCCAUACAGACACCUCCACAACAGGCACAACUUCCACAGCAGCCACCACCACAAGAACAACCUUAACUACCAGUCCGUCGGUCAUAACUUCAACCUGUUCUUGUGUAUGCAACAACGUUACACCAACCUUCUCGUCUGCUUGUAACUUGACCGACAUUAAUUGUAUAGUCGCAGAACUGAAGGUGAAACUAACGGUAGAUAAAUCUGCCCUGUCAUCCUCCAUUCGUAAGAAGAUCAGUAUUGGAGACGACAGGCCUUCUGCGCAGGCGAUAGGUGCAAUUGGAACAGUCAUCCUUGCAUUAAGUGUGUCGUUGAUUGUCAUCCCUGAUGCUCUGAAGCUGGUCACAUACGUCUACAAAAGUAAACGUACACAUGCCACAUAUCUAUCAAAGAAAACGAGAAUUUAGAUAUGCAUAUAGAUUACGAUGUAGAAAACCCAAAUUAUUAUCAAAUAUGUACUGGAACCGGAUCGGCAGACUGGCACUAAGAUCAAAUGAUUCCUAGGAUGAUUGUACUUGGAAAGGGUUACCCAAACCAGGGUUUUAUAACAAAUGUUGAUUUCCGUUUUUGGAUUUGGUAACACUUGUUACAUAGGUUUUUUUGGGGAUGCUGAAUAACGUCUAGCAUUUUCAGAAAGUUUGGUUGUCAUUGUAACGAAAUGAAGGCCUCUGAUUGGUCGAAAUUUAAAUACUAAUGCAAUAAGCCGAAAUGCACGUCGCCAUCUUGGAUUUGGUACGUAAUGGUUGUCAGACUUGGGUCGUUUUUGGAUGAAAAUAUUUGCGUUUAUUAUUGUUAAU